CGCCGCGUCCCCGCCCCCGGGCUAUGUAAGGCGGCCCCGCGGGGGGUCGCGCCACCGCUGGGCUCCGUGUCCCUCCGCGCAGGCGGGCGGCCCCGGAGAGCUAGUGCCUGCCGAGGAGGCCGCGGCGGCGCCCCCUCAUCAUGAACAGAAGCUUCUCCCGAAAGAGCCACGCGUUCCUGCCCAAGAUCUUCUUCCGCAAAAUGUCAUCCUCGGGGGCCAAGGACAAGCCUGAGCUGCAGUUUCCUUUCCUGCAGGACGAGGAGACGGUGGCCACGCUGCAAGAGUGCAAGACGCUCUUCAUCUUGCGCGGCCUGCCGGGGAGCGGCAAGUCCACCCUGGCCCACGUCAUCGUGGACAGGUACCGAGAUGGCACCAAGAUGGUGUCCGCCGACGCUUACAAGAUCACCCCCGGCGCGCGAGGAGACUUCUCUGAGGAGUACAAGCGGCUGGACGAGGACCUGGCCGCCUACUGCCGCCGGGACGUCCGGGUCCUGGUGCUGGAUGACACCAACCACGAGCGGGAGCGGCUGGAGCAGCUCUUCGAGCUGGCCGACCAGUACCAGUACCAGGUGGUGCUGGUGGAGCCCAAGACGGCGUGGCGGCUGGACUGCGCCCAGCUCAAGGAGAAGAACCAGUGGCAGCUGUCGGCCGACGAGCUCAAGAAGCUGAAGCCGGGGCUGGAGAAGGACUUCCUGCCGCUCUACUUCGGCUGGUUCCUGACCAAGAAGAGUUCCGAGAGCCUCCGCAAAGCCGGCCAGGCCUUCCUGGAGGAGCUGGGGAAUCACAAGGCCUUCAAGAAGGAGCUGCGACACUUUGUCUCUGGGGAUGAGCCCAGAGAGAAGAUUGAGCUGGUCACCUACUUUGGGAAGAGACCCCCAGGCGUGCUGCACUGCACAACCAAGUUCUGUGACUACGGGAAGGCUGCCGGGGCAGACGAGUAUGCCCAGCAGGAUGUGGUGAAGAAAUCUUACUGCAAGGCCUUCAUGCUGACCAUCACUGCCCUCUUUGUGACACCCAAGACUGCUGGAGCCCGGGUGGAGCUGAGCGAGCAGGAGCUGCCAUUGUGGCCAAAUGACGUGGACAAGCUGUCCCCUUCCGACAGCCUGCCCCGGGGAAGCCGGGCUCACAUCACCCUCGGCUGUGCGGGUGACGUGGAGCCCGUGCAGACGGGCAUUGACCUCCUGGAGAUUGUGCGGCAGGAGAAGGGGGGCAGCCGAGGUGAGGAGGUGGGUGAGCUAAACCGGGGCAAACUCUACUCCUUGGGCAAUGGGCGCUGGCUGCUGAGCCUGGCCAAGAAGCUAGAGGUCAGGGCCAUCUUCACGGGGUACUACGGGAAGGGCAAACCUGUGCCCACGCACGGCAGCCGCAAGGGAGGCGCCUUGCAGUCCUGCACGAUCAUCUGAGUGUUCUUGCCACUGUCAGCCCCCCUGUCUAGAAGAGAAGUGGGGGGAGAGGGAAGCAUGCCUUCUGCUUGAUCUUUAGGAAAAAAAUUUUUUUUUUUUUUACUCAGAGUUAACCUUUCCAUAACUUUUUAAAAACUUGUAGCUUCUCCUGCCCACCCUUGUCCCCUCUUAACACCCAAGCUUUCAACAUUAGAGGGGUGUGGGGGAACGCCAUUCAGGAACCCAGAGCGAAGCUGACAAGGCUGAGCCAGCCUGGGCCUGGAGCCGCAGCCACUACCCCGAGCCCUGCUGCCUGUCCCAGGUGCCCCUGCCCCAAGCUGGCUAGCGCAGAGAGAUGCCCCAGAGCUGCAUGUCCCCACAGGGUGGUCACUGCGGCCAUGGGAACUGGAGAGGGUGGGAGGGAUCCCUGGGCUUUGACCCUGGAUCUUAAUCAUUACAGCCCCAUGUAGGCUGGGGCUUCUUACCAGGGUAGAAAAGGGGGGGGGGGUUCAUCCCACCUUUAGUCCUAAGUGCCUGUCCCCUCCUCAUCCACACUAUAACUAGGGAAUAGUUUGACAAGUAGGGAAGAAAAGAAUAAGCAACAGCCACAUCCCAGUUGGCUGUUGGUCUCGCCCCAGGCAGGGGACAGGCUGGCCAUCCUGUGCAGUGGUGUGGCUGUGUCAUCAGGAUGGGAAAAUGGAGGCCAGAGCAAGUACCUCGGUGGGGAAGCUCCCAUCUUGCUGUCUGCUGUGUCCAGCUUGCCUCCUCCACAGGGGGCCAGUGGGUGGGGACCAAGCGCCAACAGAGUGGCCCUCUGGCUGGUGAGGGCCAUGCCCCAGCUAGUGCCUCUGGGAAGGGGUUUUUAACAUGGUACAUGUGCUGUGGUUUCUGGGGUGCCUUCCACUGCCCCCCUGCUCAGUAACAGGGCCUUGCUAAUCGGGUUGUCACUGGACGAAAGUGCUUGAGAUUUAAGUUACUAUCCUGGCUUUGCCCAACCUCAGUGACUUAUAAGACUGACCGUGAAAUAAACCGUGUUAAUCCUG